GAGAGACACGAGAGAGUGCUUUCCUUCAAGCACAAGAGAGAAACGGGGGAGCUAUGGCCGCUAGCUCUCCUGUUUCUCGCUCAUUGUCGCCAAUUACGAGCGAAUCCGCUACCGCGCUCGAACUCGAGGCGCUCGUCAUGCUCGGAUCUAGCGUGUAGAUGCGUGGUGCAAUGGUGUUGAGGCCGAUCGACGAGACUGAGAUACGGCGGACGGUCUUGGUCUUGUUGUUGUGGUCGGAGAGUGAGGGAUUUCGUGACUCCACGCGCGAGAGACUGACUGACGAAGCCGACGUACCUCCGAUGGCUUGAAGCAGAGGUUCAUGAUGUUGAUGCCGAUGGCGUUGGUGGUGACGCGGAGUGCGUAGAGUGAGAUUGGAUCGGAGCGGAGCGGUCGGGAGGAACAGGGGGCAGGUUUCGCAAUUGAGGUUUUUUGUGCUUUCGUCUGGAAUUUGGUGUAGGAGUUAGAUGUUUUUUCUUCCCUUGCAACAAAGAAGCUUAUGGCGACGCGCAAUCAGACCGCGUUGUUUAAAAAGUAUCGGGAUGCUUUGCGAAAUGUGCGCCCCGGACCCUCGGUGGCUGGACGGGGAAGCAGUAUAGAGCUAACUGAGGUGUUCCCCGGUGCGCCCCAAAGAGGCAGAGGUUACAGCACUCUCAGCACAGAAGACGAUUCCGACCCUACAAGGGCAGGGUCGAUAUCUGUGAGCCUGCCUCCAGCAUGGGUCGACAUAUCAGACGAAGUGUCCACGGAGAUGAACAAAGUGAAAAGCAAAAUGGCAGAGCUGGCGAAGAGCCACGGUCGAGCCUUGAUGGUUUCUUUUGAUGACAACACAGGAGAGCAGCAAACAAUUGAGUUGUUAACUGCAGAAAUCACUCGAUCUUUGAAGAAAUGUGAGCAAAAAUUGCAGCGUCUUUCUGGGGGACAAGGCAACAGCGGUGAUGAAAAUCUUCGCAAGAACGUGCAGAGAUCCUUGGCCACAGAUCUUCAAUCGCUGUCCAUGGAUUUUCGGAAGCUGCAAAAGGGCUACUUGGGCAAAUUAAGGCUUCAAGAGGCGGGCCAAUCCGGAGCUGAUAUCAGCAUGGGUUUCAGUCAGCAAAGGUCAAGAGAAGACGAUGACGAAUUUAGUGAUGUGGGCUUCAGCACUACACAAUUAAGCCAGCUGAAACAAAAUGAAGCCAUGUCAGCCGAACGAGAACGAGAGAUAACGCAGAUCGUGGAAUCAGUAAAUGACUUGGCACAAAUCAUGAAGGACCUUUCAGUUCUUGUCAUUGAUCAGGGUACAAUCGUUGAUCGAAUUGAUUACAACAUCACAAAUGUUUCGGCCUCUGUGGAGCAGGGUGUGCGGGAGCUUGUCAAGGCGGAGGAGACACAAAAGAAAGGGGGCAUGGUUUUAUGUGUCAUGGUACUGAUUGCUCUUUGCGCAUUCAUGCUUUUUGUGUAUAUCAUGAAGAAAAUUCUAUUCUGAUCGGUGAACGACUGAAGCUGCAUGUGCGAGAUUGGCAUGGGAACGUCCUGGUAAUUGACCUUCUCUCGUGAAGUAAUACUAUCACAUCCAACUCCAGAAAGGGGCAGUUUCGGGUCUGGCUGUGCGAAGAUGGUUUCUCCACCAGCCGGAUAAAGUUGAUCUGCCGACGAGUGUCUACUGUUCCAUAAGAAUUAGUUCGCGUAUCGAACUUAAGCAGACACGUGGGAGCAAUACUCAUGGUGGAUCGUCUUUUGGAGAGAUCACCGUUCGGAGUCAUCUGAUUGUGUCAAGCUAGCACCAGGCCAGUGUGCCGAAGCUUCUGACCUUUUGCAGAUAAUAUCAGGAGAACUACCCUUCAGGCUCAAAGCUCCAGUCCUGCAAAUUUUUGGGAGGCAGUUGUGGUGCUGUUUGUGCCAUGUCCCGCAAGCAGUGUCUUGGUUUGAUGUAUAUAUCUGACCUGUUGCCACUGCUUCUGGUGAACAUGGCAGAAGAAAGUUCGACUUGAAGGUGCAUACUGAAAAAUCUCAAAAGAUUAGUGCCUGAAGCAAAUAUUAACCGAGAAGUGGCGUGACCUGCAUAGGCUGAGCAAAUUGCAUUGCAUCAUGUCAAAUCAACGUUUGACAAGUCACUCGUGUUUGUAUUGUCGUCAACGUCCUGUGAUAAGAACUUUUUUGGUAAAUCCGAUUAGAAUCUUUGACUGGAGGAUAGCAACUGCCUGUUUUUUUAACAAGGUUCCAGCCUUCCAACUGUACAUUAUUCCGUUCCGGCACAUCGAUUCAUCUUGGCACAGGAUUCACCAGUCUACAGAGUUUCCGCCUUCGUGGUUAGCUACUUACCGGUCCCAAGACAAAGACUCUUUGACACAAAAUAUAAUGUCUAAGUGAUUCAUUUACUUUCUCUGUUUUUCACAUCUACACUUUUGAUAGUUCAGGAAGUCUUAUUGCUUCAAGUCAGGAUACCCGCAGGUCUAACAUUUUUACGGUCACCCAUGUGCCGGGUGUGCCCUGAGAAGUGCUAUGUUGCAGUUCACUCAUCUCUGAUAUGUAGACCUUUUCCUGGGCAGAAUAAUUGCUCAUGUAUUUUCCAGACAGCACUGAGGUUUGUCGAGGAAUUUUUUCAUUGUAGAGGGUGGGAUAUCCACACUGCUUAGUUGUAACAUUUUCACUUCCGCAGUACAGAAAGAACACAGAAAGUAUUGUCUUCGGUAGGAUGCCGCAGUUAAAUGUGGUUUUUGGUAACACUCAAUUGAGUUUGUGCAGAUUUGUGCGAUUCUUAGCUGAUGUAAUCUGACGAGAGUAUAGUUUUAAAUUCGUGCCACUAUAUCAGGAGAGACAGGCGUUCAAUAAUACAUUCUUUUAACUUCAUGUUAUGCAAGCGGUUACCUUCUUGUUAUAUAUGGAACUUUGGAAGGUGGGCCUGAAUCACUUUGUCGACUUAUUUAAUAGAUAAAUAUAUGACUAGUGCAUUCCUGAAAGUCGUCCAGAUUGUAGUGGAUAGCGUAGUCUGCUCACGUCAGACGUGACUCGAUAUUCUUGACUGGCUCCACUGAAGAGUACUUUCUUUCCUUGUUAUCUUCCAUAUAUUUCCUUUUUUGAUGUGCAUGAGUUCACUGAAAGUGGGUAACCAUGAUAGAACGAGCCGAGCAUUU